CCAGAGUUCUCUGCUGCGUAUGACGUUUCAACAUGGCGUCGCUCUGCAAGGUGAUGCGCAACGUGAGCUCCAGAUCAUCUUUACUGCAAAAGCACUGCGUUUGUAUCACGCACAGGUCGUUAUACAGCUCCGAUGCGAGCGGAGGAGAUGAUAAAUCACCAGAGAGAGCGAAGGGUGGGUUUGCAGCCGCGUAUGAGCUGCAUUCUGACCUGCAGCAGAGAGGCGAUCAGAGCGCGGCGAGGCGCAUGAGCUCCAGGGACGAGACGUCCUUCGCGUCGCUCCUGCGGCACUCCGCGCUCAUGCAGAUGGGUCCGGCUAAAGAAAAGGUCGUCAUCGGGAAAAUCUUUCAUAUCGUCAAUGACGAUCUAUACAUCGACUUUGGCGGAAAGUUCCACUGUGUGUGCAAGAGGCCGCCCACAGACGGGCAGAAGUACCAGCGGGGCAGCAGGGUGAGGCUGAGACUGGAAGAUAUGGAGUUGACCUCUCGGUUCCUGGGAGCGACCAUCGAUACGACGCUGCUGGAGGCGGACGCCACUCUGAUGGGACUCAUAGAGAGCAAAGACACCAAGACGAAGGAGUAGCUGCCACUGAGAACACUCAGACUGAACUAUUGUGUGAACCAAUGGACUCUGUGUUGUGUAUGAGAUAUGAUAUUUAAAAUUGCACCUCCACGGAAUUUGAUUCUUGGUUCUCUGUAAAGAUGUCUGUCUGUCUACCAUUACACAUGUAUAAUUCUCUCACAUCUAUUACUAUGGAAGUCUGUUUCCAUUGCAGGUUAUGAAAACAAAUUUUUGUUUGAAGAUUUCAGAAGUUUGAAUCUUGUAGUUUGUACUCUUUCAUGGAAUGCGAGAUUUAGACUAAGAAUUGCAAGGAAAAACUUUUUAUUUUGAAUAUAUUCAUCAGCCAUUAAAAAGCCAUAACAUACCAAGAAGUUAAAUUUAGCCUUUUAUUUUAAUUUCCUUCCAUUAAGAAGCAGCAUAAAAGAAAGAUCUAGUAGCACAAUUCCCUGAAUAUCCUAUAACAACUCAAGUUUUUAUAUAAAUAAUUGCAGAGCAAAUCACAGUGUUCACAAAUGCUAUCAAAAUCUUACACUGACAAGAUCAAAUAAAAAUGACAUUUCUUUAAA